UGGAGUGGUUAGGUAGUGCCGCGUACGUAGUGACCGCGACUAGUGCUGCUCAAGAUAUUUGUACAAAUGUUUCGGUAUUCACUUCAUUCUGCCCUGGCUCUCUGCCUUGUGAUCCUCCAGUGCAGAGGCGGCUGGAGCUGUGCCGAUGCUAACAGCGACGGUGAGGUGACGGAGUGGCAGGACACGACACGUGUCGCCAGGAGGGACGUGUCGCUGAGGGAACGCAGCAGCUGUGAGGGCGGCGACCCUCAGCCUCCUGAAAGAGUCGACACGACCAAGAGGGUCGCCGCUCUCAUCGGUGAACUGGAGCGCCGAGGGUUGGACGCCUACAUCAUCACCAGCGAUGACGCGCACAUGUCGGAGUACACGGCCGCCGCUGAUGGCCGCCGCGCGUACAUCUCAGGCCAGGAUGGCAGCGCCGGCACGGCCGUCGUCCUCCGUGAUGGCCGCCGCGCGCUGUGGACCGACGGACGAUAUUUCUUGGCCGCCGACCGUCAGUUGGACUGCGAGUGGCUGCUCAUGAAGGCCAGAGAACCCGGGGUGCCAACGAUGUCAGCAUGGCUAGCACAGGAGCUGGCCGAGGGCAGCAAGGUGGGAGUAGACGCAGCUCUGAUGGCUGCUACGUCUUAUCUUGAACUCCAACUCAGGCUCAAAGAGUCGGGGCUGGAGCUGGUAGCAGAGAAGACUAACCUCGUGGACGCGGUGUGGCCACAACAGGAGCGGCCGCCGCGAGUGAAGGACGACCUCUUCGUCCACGAGCUUUCCUUCGCCGGAGUGGAGUGGACGCACAAGGUGGCGCAGGUGCGGGAGGAGAUGAAGAAGCAGGACGUGGACCUGCUGGUGGUGACGGCGCUCGACGAGGUCGCGUGGCUCCUCAACCUCCGCGGCAACGACAUCCCCUACAACACAGUGUUCAGGAGCUACCUGCUGGUGGACCACAAGGACGUGACGUUGUUCAUCGACAACGAAAGGAUCCCUCCUGUGGUGGACUUCCACCUCCACAUCGGCCAGUGCUUCGACAACGUCUGCUUCCACACAACCGGGUACGACAACUUGGUCCCGCGGUUGCAAGCCGCGGCUCAGGCUGCGGACGUAAAACGCGUCCUGCUGCCCAAAAAAUAUGCCUACUCCGGCGGCGUCUCGUACGCCAUUUACAGCGCCGUGCCUGCGGACAAGCGGGUGUCUGGGGUGUCGCCGGUGGUGGCGCUGAAGGCGCGCAAGAACGACGUGGAGGCCAAGGGCAUGAAGGCCGCACACCUCAGGGACGCCGUCGCCCUCGUCGACUUCCUUGCCUUCUUAGAGAAGGAGGUGGAGAGUGGGCGUGAGUGGGAUGAGCUGAGUGCUGCUCAGCGUCUAGACGAGUACCGCGCUGAGCAGGAGCAUUUCCUACGUCCUUCGUUCGGCUCAAUUUCAGCGUUCGGCCCCAACGGCGCCAUCGUCCACUACAAUCCUACCAACGCCACCAAGUUAACCAUCACCAAGGACGCCCCUUACCUCCUCGACUCGGGGGGACAGUACUUCGACGGCACGACGGACGUGACCCGGACGCUGCACUUCGGCGCGCCCACGGAGCUGCAGAAGGAGGCGUACACGAGGGUGCUCAUGGGGGCCGUGGACCUCGCGCUCCUCGUCUUCCCCAAGGGCACCAACGACGUCAACGUUGACGUCAUCACCCGCAGAUAUUUAUACCAAGUCGGACUGGACUACAAACACGGCACUGGCCACGGCAUCGGCAUGUUCCUCAACGUGCAUGAGUCCCCAAUCCAGGUUCGGAUCUACGGUGACGAGAAACACGAGUUCGAGUUGAACCAUUUCUUCUCAGGCGAGCCUGGCUACUACCUGGCGGGGGAGUUCGGGAUACGCCUGGAGACCAUCCUGAGGGUGGUGAGGGCUGGUGACUUGCCGUACAAAACCGACACGGAUUUCUACGCCUUCGAACCUGUCACACUGGUGCCUUUCGAACCCAAGUUCAUCAUGCUGAACAUGCUGAGUCCUGAACAGUGCAAGUUCAUCAACGACUACCACCACCGCGCCCGUACGGAGGUGGGCAACCUGCUGGAGAAACAGGGACGCUCCCAGGGCCUCGCUUACCUCCUGAAGAAGACGGAGCCCAUGGAGUGCUCCAGGGCCAGAGGACCCUUGGAGACAGCCUCACGCUCCAAUGGAGUCAUGGAGACCAAGAUGGAGUCCAAGAAGAAAGUGCCCCCCCAGCUCGCUGCUACGAGUGGCGCUUCUGAAGGAGGGAUGGGUGGUGCGGUGUGUGUUUAUGGGGUUCUGCUGAUGGUGGUGAUGAUGGAGAGGUGGUGAUGGGGUGGUGUAGUUGAUGG